AACUUGACUUGUCUUCAUCCAAAGUCCUCCCAGCUCAUUACACCCAUUUUUCUAAUCAACAUCCUCUUGCCUUUUAAAUCAUAAGGUUCGUUUCAGGGUGAAUGUUCUGUUCCUUCUGUUUGCAUCUGGAGCUAGCUAGCUAGUGGCUUAGAAAUGUCGUCCAAGAUUUCUCUGGUGUCUUGUCUAAUUGUCUUGGCAUUUGGGGUGGUUUUGGCAAAUGGCAGUCGGGAAAAUGGUGGACUUGGGAUAUAUGAGAUCAAGAGUGGAGAUUUCUCUGUCAAGGUCACUAACUAUGGUGCCAGAAUUGUUUCUGUAGUUCUUCCUGACAAGCAUGGAAAGUUAGCGGAUAUUGUUCUUGGUUAUGACACGAUCAAAGAAUACAUGAAUGACUCAUCUUACUUUGGAGCCAUUGUGGGCAGAGUUGCAAACCGCAUAGGUGGUGCUAAGUUCACUCUAAAUGGCACUACAUAUAAGCUUGAUGCCAAUGAAGGCUCCAACAUGCUCCAUGGUGGAAAGAAGGGGUUCAGCCAAGUGCCGUGGAAAGUCCUGAACCACCGGAAAACUGGUCGAUCGCCAAGCAUUACCUUAACAUAUCACAGCGUAAAUGGCGAAGAAGGUUUUCCAGGUGAUGUUGUGGCGUCAGUGACGUAUGCGCUUCUUAAACCAUACAAACUAAGUGUAAAAAUGAAGGCAAAGGCUCUGAACAAAGCCACUCCUGUGAACUUAGCCCAGCACAGCUACUGGAAUCUUGGUGGCCACAACUCCGGGGACAUCCUUUCCGAUGAGCUGCAGAUAUUUGCAUCACACAUCACAACCGUCGAUGAUCACCUCAUCCCCACCGGCAAAAUUGUCCCGGUCAAGAAUACACCUUAUGACUUUCGCAAACCGUUGGUGAUCAAAGGUCCAAUCAAGCAACUUCCGAAUGGUUCCAUAGGCUUUGACAUCAAUUAUGCAGUGGAUGGCCACGACGGGCUGAAGAUGAAACCUGUGGCCGUGGUUUAUAACAAGAAAUCUGGAAGAGUGAUGAAGUUAUCAGCAAACGCCCCUGGUGUGCAGCUGUAUACGGGCAACUUUGUCAACACGACGGGCAAAGGGGGAUUUGCUUAUAAGACUCAUGCUGCCUUGUGUUUGGAGACUCAGGGGUUUCCUGACUCAGUAAAUCAUCCCAAUUUUCCAUCGGUGAUCGUUGCGCCAGGGAAGGCAUACGAGCACUGCAUGAUGUUCACAUUUUCGACGAAAAAGUGACUCAAUCUUUUGCAGAUAUGAUGCAGCAUAAUGAAUGGCAAACUAAAUAUUGUAGAGGAUGCUGGUGCUGGCAUGCAGUUCUGAGAAUAUGUUGUGAAUUUGUUUGGGAGUUCUUUCCCCUUUGGCAGAUUAUGUUGUAUGUAUAUGUCUGCAAGUUUUGCAAUAAUUGAAUUGAAUGGACGACAGGGCCAAAAAGAACUUAAAAA